UGUCAGACUGAAGGUCGCUUUCUGAUUAAUACAUAACUGGUCUGUUUGCAUUUGCCACUGUAUAAAUUGGUGUUAUGCACCAAAACCAUAUUGAAGGGAAAAGAAAAUUACAGUAGGAACAGCCCAAAUUUACCUCAGAUAGAAGAACUGCGAUUGGACCAAAUUAAAGAUGGGGAAAUCGCUCCCUGUCUAUUUGUUACUAGUUGCCUCCUUGUUCUGCGGAAUCACCAGUACCAGUGGAAAAAUUUCUACACUAAAGGCUGUAAAUACGAAGGCACCCACUGCUUCAAAAACAAGGAAUAAUCCGAUCAGUCAGUCGUCUGUGCUCAGACUUUCAGCUGCAAACAUCAACUUUGCCUUGCGCCUCUACAGACAGAUUGCCGCACAGCCAAACUCGGGCUCCAAGAACAUCUUCUUCUCACCACUCAGCAUCUCUGCUGCCCUGAGCAUGCUGUCACUAGGAGCAAGGCAGAACACGCGAGAGCAGCUUCUACGGGUCCUAGGGUACACCAACAUGACACAAAAUGAUGCUGCUAAUGUGCACGAGGCAUUCCAGUAUCUCCUGCAAGAGCUGACGGGGCAAAACAACGAGCUGCAGUUGUUGAUGGGAAACUCUCUUCACAUCCAGAAGGGUCUAACUCUGCAAAAGAAAUUCCAUGAUGACACAGCACGAUUUUACAAUGCAGAGCUCAUGAGUGUUGACUUCAGUGCGAUUGACAAAGCAAAAAAGAAGAUCAAUGCCUAUGUGAAAAAACAAACGAAUGGCAAAAUUCUAGAGUUAAUCAAAACCAUUGACCAGGGCACACUGAUGAUUCUUCUCAAUUAUGUCAUGUUCAAAGGUAAAUGGGUGAAGCCUUUCGAUCCCCAGAACACUCACGAAGCUGACUUUCAUGUGGAUGAUACCACAACAGUUAAAGUUCAAAUGAUGAAGUGCAAAGGAAGAUAUGCAAUGAAUUAUGAUGAAAAACUCUCCAGUUCUGUGAUCUUGGUUCCAUAUAAAGGAAAUGCUUCCUUGGUACUAAUACUACCGGACCCAGGAAAACUGACGGGCGUUGAACAGAAUCUAACCAUUACCAGUUUUCAGACAUUAAUAAAUACAUUACGGAUUGGGUCUGUGGAUCUACGCCUUCCAAAGUUAUUGCUCAAGUCUUCCUACCAACUCAAACAUAUACUGAUGGCAAUGGGUGUCACCGACCUGUUCACUAAAAAUGCAAACCUCUCCAAGAUAACUAAAUCUACACAACUAAAACUGUCAAAGGUGGUUCAUGAGGCUGUGCUCAACAUCGAUGAAAAAGGCACUGAAGCUUCUGUAGUGACCAGAGUUGGUUUAAUGCCAAUGUCAAGGGCUCCUCUGCUUAAAUUCAACAGGCCAUUCUUGCUAUUAAUUGCCGAUCACAACACUAAGAGUGUCCUUUUUGCAGGAAGAGUAAUAAAUCCCACUGUUUAAAAUAUGUCAACUCCACUGAUCCCCUAAACGUGCAACAUCCAUAAAUUGUAAACAAUGCUGUUACUUCCACUAAUGUUCAAAAAGUUCAGAGGAUAACCAAGUAAACUACUCUUCUCGAAUAAACCAAGCACAUUGAGUGUGGACGUGCUUACCGUGCAUUGUACAAAGCCGAGUGUAAGGUUGGUAAAGUAAUUUACAUUAAAGUUCAAGA